CCUGUAUCGUGUACUAGGUAUUUUUCAGCGUAUAUAAUUUUGAACCCUUCAAAGAGGGUGUACAACAUAACGAAAUAUACAGCUGUGACAGUGGUUUCAAUAUUAGUCUUGUUCGAAUAUGUUUUAUUCAUAAUCGCAUAAUUUUAGCGUUAAUUUGAUAUUAUUGUGAUUUGAAAAAUAUUGGAUAAUGGAUGUAGAAGGCUCAAGACUCCAUUGGGGAGAUAUUUUAGUUAUUGUGGGUUAUUUUGUAGCUGUUAUUGCUGUGGGAAUAAUAUCAUCAUGUCGAAAUCGAGGAAGUAUCAAUGGUUUUUUCUUAGCUGGAAGAAGUAUGCAUUGGAUCCCGAUUGGAGCAUCUUUAUUUGCUAGUAAUAUUGGAAGUGGACAUUUUGUAGGAUUAGCUGGCUCUGGGGCAGCUGGUGGUAUUGGUAUUGCGGUUUUUGAAUUAAAUGCUAUUUUCAUAUUGAUGAUUUUAGGAUGGAUUUUUGUCCCAGUUUACACAGCUGCUGGAGUAUAUACCAUGCCAGAAUAUCUAAGGAAGAGAUUUGGUGGACAGAGAAUCAGAAUUUAUCUCUCAGUAUUGGCUCUGCUUCUAUAUGUUUUCACCAAAAUAUCCGCUGAUUUAUAUUCUGGAGCUAUAUUCUUGACCCAAGCUUUGCCAGAGCUUAAUUUAUAUGUAGCUGUCAUUAUUUUAUUAGCAGUGGCUGCUCUUUUUACUAUUGGAGGCGGUCUGACUGCUGUAAUCUGGACAGAUUUCAUACAAACAGUUAUCAUGUUAGUUGGUGGUUUUAUUCUUAUGAUAAUGAGUUUCGUUAAAGUUGGUGGAUAUGAGAAUCUGGUAAAGGAAUACUUUGAAGCUUGGCCAAAUACAACUAAGGCAAAUAUUGGAUUGAACAACAACUACAGCUAUACAGAUUGUGGAAAACCACCAGCCAACGCAAUGAAUUUUAUUCGAGCAGCUGAUGAUGGAUCUUUACCGUGGCCAGGAAUCUUUUUUGGAUUGACCAUUUCGUCUAUUUGGUAUUGGUGUUCUGAUCAGGUCAUUGUACAAAGAGCACUUGCAGCUAAGAAUAUUUCCAACGCUAAAGCCGGUACAAUCCUUGCUGGUUAUUUGAAAUUUUUACCACUUUUCCUUAUCGUAUUUCCUGGUAUGAUCUCAAGAAUUCUUUUCCCAAAUACUGUUGGUUGUGCUGAUCCUGAUGUAUGUUAUGAAGUAUGUAAGAGUCGAGCAGGAUGUACCAACAUUGCUUACCCUACUCUGGUGUUAGAGAUAAUGCCUGCUGGGUUAAGAGGACUGAUGUUGGCUGUAAUGAUGUCAGCUCUGAUCUCGUCACUCACCUCUAUAUUUAACAGUAGUAGUACAAUCUUUACUAUGGAUAUUUGGAGAAGAAUCCGAACCAAUGCUACAGAAGUUGAACUUAUGAUCGUUGGAAGAGUUUGUGUGUUGAUAUUAGUAGGUGUAAGCAUAGCCUGGAUUCCUAUUGUACAAAAUAUAUCAGAACUGUUCCAUUAUAUACAGUCUAUAACUAGCUACUUGGCACCACCAGUCUGUGCAGUUUAUGUUUUGGCUGUUUUCUGGAAACGCACAAAUGAACUGGGAGCUUUCUGGGGUCUCAUGGCAGGAUUAGUGGUCGGAUUAAUCAGAUUUGGAUGGGAAUUCUCUUAUGACCCGCUUCCUUGUGGUGAAGAAGAUAAAGAUACGCGUCCAGAUAUUAUCAAGAAAGUCCAUUACUUACAUUUUGGUAUCAUAUUAUUUGGUAUUGUGGUCAUUGUAACAUGGAUUAUUAGUGUAUUGACUGCACCUAUUCCAGAUAAAUAUCUGCACAGACUAACAUUCUGGGAUAGAUUCAAUACUCAAGAGCGAGUUGAUAUCGAUGAAGAGGAGAAGGCGAACGAGCCCCAGAAACCCAAAGAGAAAAUCUUCACAGACGACGACUAUGAUUCCCUACCAUGUCAUAAGAAAGCAUUCCAAUGGAUCUGUGGUAUUGAGAAAAUGAAUGAAGACAAUGAACCUACAGUGGAAGAGAAGAAGAUCAUCGAGAUGAAACAGACGUCUAUUUAUGAAUCUUCUUUCUGGAGUAGGGUCUUGAAUGUCAAUGCUAUAAUAUUGAUGACCGUUGCGGUUUUCCUGUGGGGAUUCUGGGCCUAGGUACCUCUAAAGUCGAUGGCUGUAUCCGGUAUAGUUUAAAGACAAAUUUUAUAAUGCUAAUGUGAUACUUUAUUUACACACAUCGGACAAUUAACCAUAUUAGAUGGCUUGUUGAAGAUAGUGUUUUUUCUUUUUGGUAUUCAAGUGUAAUUUCAGUUCCACCAAAAUAUAAUCCAUCAGAUCAGACCGAUCAGAUUGAUACCCUGAAUUUUACAAACACCGAAUCUUUGUUCAUUAGUGGCUAAUAUAAUUCAACUUGAGCUGAGACCUUGGUUAAUUAUUUGUUCAUCUGUUCUAUGAAUUCUGUCAGAGCUGAUGACGUGGGUACGCAGUAGCUCUAAUACACCAUGCUCUUCUGGCAAUAAUCAAAACUUGACCGAAAAUCCACCAAUCUUGUGUAUUGACAAAUUGAAAAUAAAAGAAAUCAAGAUUCAUAUCCAAUGAAUAUUUAUACAAAUUAAGAUAUUUUGUCUCUGAAAUAACUUGCCAAUUGUUUCGAUUAACAUAUUUUGUAGAUGUGUAGAUAUAAUACUAACUUACCUUACAAUAUCACUCCCUCCGACACUUGUAUAUGACUAGUAUCGACACUUAUAUAAGAUCUGUAUCGACACUUGCAUCUCAUCUGUAUCGACACUUGCAUCUAUUCUGUAUCGACACUUGUAUCAGACUGGCAUCGACACUUGAAUCUAACUUGUAUCGACACUUGUAUCUAACUAGUAUCGACACUUGUAUAAGAUCUGUAUCGACACUUGCAUCUAUUCUGUAUCGACACUUGUAUCAGACAAGUAUCGUCACUUGAAUCUAACUUGUAUCGACAGUUGUAUCUGACUAGUAUCGACAUUUGUAUCAGACUAGUAUGACAAUUGUAUAAUAUCUGUAUCGACACUUGUAUCUAACUUGUAUUGACAUUUGUAUCUUACUUGUAUCGACACUUGUAUCUAACUUGUAUCGAUACAUGUAGUUGAAGUAUAUUUUCAUAAAAAAAAAAACAAUUUUAUUGACAUGACAAAAAGUUUACCAUAUUCAAAAGAUAAAUUUGAUCAUUGAUGGCCAAAAAUCUUUUAUCAACUUUUUUCAAUUUUUGUUAACCUAGGUUCCCUUAUUUUAAAUUUAUUUAAUAAGAAUCGUUGAAUCAGUGUAUAUUUGGGGUAUAUCUUAGAAAACUUAGAAAUAUUAAAUUGUACAUUUUGUAGAAUAGAUCGUUUUAAUUGAAGUCAUAACAUGAAUUCCUUUCAUUGAAUUCAAUAGUAUUUCCAUUUUAAUUAAUAAAUAAUUUAUAUAAUAGAUUA